AUGUUCACCGAGAAAAAAAUCCCGCUGUACAAAGUCCUGGGGUGUUCCGCGUGCGACCAGGAUUUCGAGUAUCUGCGGAAGAGGGACGUGUCACCCGUGGUCUACCUUGUCUGUGAUGACACGCCCGACAUGAAAGAGUUGGUGGAGACGACGAGGUGUUCGACCUUUCCCCAGAUCUUCGUCGACUCGGUUUUCAUUGGUGGUUUCAGCGAUCUGAAGAGGACGGCCAUCCACCGCCCCACAGAACUCAGGAGGAAGGAGAUGGACGGCGAAAUCGUCGAGCCAAUGUGUGUCGAGGAGGAGGACUUCGACAGGUUCAUUCUCUUUAACGGCAAGACCAAGCACGAAUACGCCGACAUUUUUCAACUGUACAAGAAGCAGACCGCUCUGUUCUGGGUCGUCGAGGAGAUCGAUCUGUCCGGAGACUCGAAAGACUGGGAAGAUGCUUCGAGCGACGAGAAGCACUUUUUGAAACUUGUGUUGGCGUUUUUCGCGUCGCUCGACCAGAUCGUCAUGGAGAACAUCGGUCUCAACUUUAAAAACGAGAUCGUGAUUCCGCAGAUCAGACAGCAUUUUGCAAUCCAGGAGGCCACGGAAGCAGCCCACGGCGAGUCGUACUCUCUACUUAUUAUUCAGACUUACUUCAGGAACACUGAAGAGCAGAGACAUGUCAUGCGAUCUAUCCAGACGAUGCCAAUCAUCGAGAAGGCGCUCUGGGCCGAGAAGUGGAUGAACCCCGAAACCGCUUCACUCGCGAAGUGGCUGGUCGGCUUCACCUGCCUGGAGGGCGUUCAGUUCAGUGGUUCGUUCUGCGCCAUCUACUGGCUGAAGAAGAGGCAGAAGUUCAAGGCUCUGUCGUUUGCAAACUCUCUCAUCGCCAGAGACGAAGGCCUUCACGCCACAGCUUCCGUUUUCAUCUACAAGCACCUCGAGAACAAGCUGCUACAAGAAAGAGUUCAUGAAAUUUUCAAGCACGCUGUCAGCGUUGAGUGCGAGUUCAUCUCGUCGGCGCUUCCCGUUGCGCUCAUCGGUAUCAGCGAGAAGAGCAUGAAAGAGUACAUCAACUUUGUGGCGGACUACUGGCUGAACCAGCUGGGGUACGACAAGGUGUACGGCUGCGUCAACCCAUUCGAGUGGAUGGACAUGAUUUCUCUCCAGGGAAAGACCAACUUCUUUGAGAAUAGGGUGACCGAGUACAGCAAGCCCAGCAUUUUGCUCGACCGAGAGCGAUGCAAGGGUAAAGCCAUGAGAGCCUACAUUAGACAAGAUGCCGGAGUUGUUUUUCAAUGUCAGACAACCGGCCUUCCACCCCGGAAAGCAACCCCGGAGACCUUUGAACAGUACGACUCGUGCCGGGUGGUGUCCAUAGCAUGGGUCCUGCGCGACAAGAAAACUGUCUACGCCCAGAGGUAUUCGGUGGCUGACCCCGGCAUUGCGGACGAAAAUAUCGGAGCCGAGUUUGUACACGGAAUAUCGAGAGAAGUCAUGGACAAGUAUGGCAACGCAAUCAACGUCGUUCUCUCUGACUUUAUGGCGGACGUCAACAGGUCGGACAAGAUUGUUGCGCAUAAUCUCGACUUCGACAGGAGUGUGGUUUCGGCCGAGUUGUUUAGGAUGGGGUCGUCCGACGACGCUCGAAGACUGCUGAGCUUUAAAAGCUUGUGUACCAUGAAGAGCACCACCAACCUCGUGCGAAUCCCGAACUCGUGUGAAUCGUACAAGUGGCUGAAGCUAGAGGAACUACAUGAAUUCCUGUUCGGCAAUGCAUUUGAGAACGCUCACCACGCCAUGUGCGACGUCGACGCGAUGGUGAAGUGCUACUUCACACUCUUGGAGAAGCACACCGCAAACAAAAAGAAAAAAACAAAUCUAGGCGUUUGA